AUGAAAGCCUACCUAAAGAGCGCAGAAGGCUUUUUUGUCCUGAAUGAAAGUACUACUGUUGGAAGGCAUGAAGACUCAGACCUUGUUUUAGAGUCUGCAGACAUCGACAACCAUCAUGCACUUAUUGAAUAUAAUGAGGCCGAGGACAGCUUUGUUCUCCAGGACUUCAAUUCCCGAAACGGCACCUUUGUCAACGAGUGCCACAUUCAGAAUGUGGCCGUGAAGCUGCUGCCAGGAGACAUCCUGAGAUUCGGGUCCGGAGGGCUGACCUACGAACUUGUCAUCGAAAACGCUCCCUCGGUCUCCUUCCCAUGGAUGAGUGGCUCGGUACCUUGGCCAAAACCACAGCCAACUCGAGGCACACAGCAGUCAAAACAGCCACCCUCGCCACCACAGAUACCCUUCCACCAGGGCAUCCGGCCAGCCCCAGUGCAGAGGAGCUGGUCCCAGGGGUUUCCCAGACCCACCAUGGUCCCGCCUGCCCCCCACCGGCGGCCCGUGAGCGCUGGUGGGAAGAUGUUCUCCUUUGUGGUGGAUAGUACCCACAGGCCUCCCGUCAUCAAGCAAGUGUGGACCAAUGCUGUGGAACUGUCGGAACCGUCAGUGGUCGAUGGAGUUCCCAGGAUGGGACCUUCCAGGGAUAUUUAUGUGGACCAGGACACAGCCCAACAGGAUAAGGAUGAAAUCAUUCUGCUGCUGGGGAAAGAAAUCAGCCGCCUCUCGGAUUUUGAACUUAAAUCCAAAUACAAAGAUGCAGUGAUAGCGAAGCUGCAGAAUGAAGUGGCCAGCCUGAGCCAGAGGCUGUCGGAGUCCACCUCGUCCAGGCAGAGUCGGUUGCAGGAUCUGGAUGAGGACAUCGAUGCCAAACACAGAGAGAUCCAGAGCUUGAAAAACCAGAUCAGUGCCCUGCAGAAAGGCUACAGCCAGGUGCUGUGCCAGACACUGUCUGAGAGGAACUCAGAAAUCACAUCCCUGAAGAAUGAGGGUGAGAACUUGAGGAGGGACAAAGCCAUCACCUCAGGGAUGGUGUCAUCAUUGCAGAAAGAAUUGUUAACAAAGGAUGAGGAAAUCGAACGACUCAAACAGGAGGUGAACCAACUAAAAAGCGAGAACAAAGAAAAGGAUCACCAGCUUGAAGCCCUCAGCUCCAGGUGCUCCGUGCUGAAAGAAGAGUUACGGAAGGAAGAUGCGCACAAGGAGUACCAAGAAGCCCAAGGGAAAGAAUUAAAACUCUGCAAAAUCCAAAUCCAAGACAUGGAGAAAGAAAUGAAGAAGCUCAGGGAAGAGCUGAAGAAGAGUUGUACCGAACAGAACGUGAUCUCCAAGACACUUCGAGAAAAGAGCAAGGUUGAAGAGAAGCUUCAGGAGGAUUCCAGAAGGAAAUUGCUCCAGCUACAAGAAAUGGGGAACAGAGAGAACCUCAUUAAAGUCAAUUUGGAAAGGGCAGUAGGUCAGCUGGAGCAUUUCAGAAGUCAAGUCAUCAAGGCCACCUACGGACGAGUGAAGCCGUUCUUGGACAAGCCCAUCACCGAUCAACAGCUAAUAGAGAAGAUUACCCAGGUCACUGAGGACAACAUCAACUUUCAGCAAAAAAAAUGGACGCUGCAGAAGGAGACUCAGCUCAGCAAUUCCAAAAAGGAGGCAAUCAUAGAGAACAUGGAGAAGCUGAAGGCAUCUUUAGACAGCUGUCAGGCUUGCAUGAAAAUGUCCUGCUGUAGCAAGGACCUGAAGAAAGAGGUGGACAUGCUUCAGAACCUUCAGGUGAGCCCACCUGUUUCAGGGCUCCAGAAGGUGGUGCUGGACAUCCUGCGUCUGUCGCUGUCCUGGCUGGAGGAAACGGAGCGUCUCCUCCGGGACGUCGGCAUCCAGUUAUCCAGCUCCGACACAGGAUUGUCUUUGUAUCUGGAAUAUCUUCUGGUAUAUUAUAAAAAAAUUACAAGCCAAACCCAGGAACUUCAGAUCAAGAUUCACAGUUCUCAGGAAACUCAGCAGUCUUUCAUGCAAGAGAAGCUGCGGGAGCAUCUGGCAGAGAAGGAGAAGCUGACUGAGGACAGGCUGCAGCAAGAGGAGAGGCUGAAAGCCAGAAUCAAGCGGCUGAUGGACGAGAAGGCGGCUUUGGAGGAAAGCAUAACUCAAGAGAAAAACAGAGCAAAAGAAACAUUAGAAGAAGAACAAAACAGAAUCCAAGAGCUGGAGAGUCGCUUAGCCCGCCAGAAGAAGGUCUGGGAGGAAAACAUUAUGCAAGAGAAAAGCAGAGUGAAGGAAGCGUUAGAAGAAGAACAGAAGAGGGUCCAAGAGCUGGAGAAUCGCUUAGCCCGCCAGAAGGAGAUUUUGGAGAACAGCAUGGCCUAUGAGAAAAGGAAAGCAAAGGAAGCUUUAGAGACAGAAAGGAGAAGAGUCCAAGAUCUGGAGAACCACUUGACCCAACAGAAGGAGAUUUCAGAGAGCAGCCUCACCUACGAGAAACACAAAGCGAAAGAGGCCAUAGAGCAGGAAAAGAAGAAGGUGCAAGAUCUGGAGAACUACAUCACCAAGCAGAAGGAGGAAAUAGACUUAAAAGUGCAAAAAGAAGGCAUUUUGAAUAAUAAAUUAAAUGAUGCACUGGCCAUGGUAGAAGAGACUCAGAAAAGCAAGACGGCCGAGAGCCUAAGAGCAGAGAACCUCAGCAUGAAAUUAAAUGAAACGUUAGCUGAACUGGAAACCACCAAGGCAAAAAUGCUCGUCAUGGAGGAGCAGAUACAGCUGCAACAGCAGACAGUGAAGGCCCUCCAGGAAGAACAGGACUCCCAGAAACAUGGAUUUGAAACAGAAAUCAGGGAAUAUAAGGAGCAAAUCAAACAGCACUCCCAGACUAUCGUGAGCCUUGAAGAAAGACUCCAAAAAGUGACCGAGCACCAUAAAAAAAUAGAAGGAGAGAUUGCAACAUUGAAGGACAGCGACCUAGCCCAGGAGGUGGUAAUGCAGCGAGACCCCCCACCGAUGCCUCCAGUGGACAGCAGUGUCAAAGACGAAGUGUGUGACACCUUGAUAGGGGAUCUGCUGACCGCUCAGAAGGAAAUCCUAUCUCAGCAGGAGGUCAUCAUGAGGUUAAGGAAAAACCUCACAGAAGCUCACAACCGAAUGUCAGAUCUGAGAGGGGAGCUUAAUGAAAAGCAGAAGAUGGAACUGGAGCGGAACGUGGCGCUGGUCCAGCAGCAAAGCAGCGAGCUGAGAGCGCUCAGGGAAAAGAUGGCGCAGCUGACCUGCCUGGUGGAAAGGAAGGACAGGGAGCUGGAGGUCCUCAAGGAGACGCUCAGGGCCUCCCAAGAGAAACACAGAGUCCAGCUGUAUAAGGAGAAGGAACAGAAGCCCAGGAAUGCAGCCAAGAUGUGUGACAUCUCAGUGCAGAUAGAACCGGUCCACACGGAAAUUCUCCUGAGCAGUCAAGAGGAACAAUCCUUCAGUGAUCUAGGGGCCAAGUGCAAAGGGUCCCGACAUGAGGAAAUCAUUCAGCGUCAGAAAAAGGCCUUGUCUGAACUGCGUGCACGAAUUAAGGAGCUUGAGAAGGCCUGCUCAUCAAAUCAUAAGGACCCGCUGACUGAAUCCUAUCUAGACUUAAAGACGGUCAGAAUGGAAAAAAAUGUCCAGAAAUUAUUGGACGCAAAACCUGAUAUGCCAACUCUCUCAAGAAUAGAGAUUGCAGCGCCUCAGAGUGGCCUUGCCAACUCAGCCGUCCCGCCCAUGGAAAAGUCAGGGAAAAUGGAUGUGGCUGAGGCUUUAGAUCUCAGUGAAAAGCUGUACAUGGACAUGAGCAAGACACUUGGGAGUCUGAUGAACAUCAAGGACAUGUCCGGUCACAUAUCCAUGAAAUACCUCUCUGCCAAAGAGAGAGAGAGAGUCAACCAGCUCCGACAAAGGGACCUCGAUCUGGUGUUCGAUAAGAUCACCCAACUCAAGAACCGGCUGGAGAGAAAAGAGGAGCUUUUGAGAGGAUACGAGAAAGACAUUGAACAGCUCAGGCAGAGCAAAGUGUCCAUGCAGAUGUACCAGUCGCAGAUGGCGAAGCUGGAGGACAGCAUCUACAAGGAGGCGGAGGAGAAGGCUCUGCUGAAGGAAGCUCUGGAGCGCACAGAGCACCAGCUGCACCAGGAGAAGCGGAUCAACAGGGCCAUCCGGCAGCAGAAGGAACGUUUAGAGGAUCACAAACAGAAAAAUGCAAAAGAAUCAACACCUUGCAACUGUUCCUUCAAAGAGAAAGAGAGGCAGAGACGAAUGUUUGUAGAGACGGUGAAGAACAAGAUGCAGAAUUCAAGUCCCCAGGUUGGAACCAGAAAAGCCGCCCCAAAGAUGGACCGAGAGAGGGAGAUGCCCAAGAGAGACUCAUCUAGCAAAUCCAGCCAGAGCCUUCUGUUUUCUAAGCCUGGCGACAGGAACUAG